AUGGCGAAGCGCGAGCUGGAGCAGUCGACAACGACGAAACGAGAGUUGGAGCAGCCCAGCUGUUCUGGCUCGAUUUCAUGCUCUAGUGCUAAACGUGCACGAUUCUCCAUUGACACACUGCUAGAAGAACGCCACAGUCCACCUGAAUACUCCGACUGUUCUCCCUGCCCAUCGCCUAACUUUCCCAAUCACGAUGCCAAGGCUGCUCUAUCAAAAUCUGUCGCAACCUGCUCCACGAGCACGACCACGUCUGCAAGCAGCGAUCGGCUUGACGGUAUUGAAUGCCGUCUCGAAGGGGCUGAGCUGUGGGAGAAGUUCUACGAGCUCGGGACAGAAAUGAUUAUCACUAAAAGCGGACGGUGA